AUGGAGAAGAACGAGACCUCCAGCAAUGAGCAUGAGCAUGCCAUUGGCAAGGAGAUGGAAUAUCCGGUCGACGACUACGUUCCAGGAAGUGACGAGGAAAAGAAGCUCGUGAGAAAAAUAGACAUGUAUAUCUUGCCCUUGAUGUGGGUUAUGUAUCUACUUUCCUACAUGGACAGAACCAACAUCGGCAACGCCAAGAUUGCUGGCAUGGACAAAGACCUCAACCUCGAUUCUGGAAGAUACUCCAUCGCCCUCGUCGUCUUUUUCAUCGGAUACGUCGUCUUCGAAGUCCCCUCCAACAUGAUUCUUACUCGGACACGACCUAGUAUUUACCUACCGGCCAUCAUGGCACUGUGGGGUGCGGUGACAAUCGGCAUGGCUUUCACCCCUAGUUAUGGAGCUCUUGUUGGCUUUAGGGCAGUCAUGGGUUCACUUGAAUCAGGAUUUGCUCCUGGUGUGUUACUUCUGCUCUCUUCAUGGUAUAAGAAGGAGGAGCAGAGCAAACGUUUCGCCGUCUACAUAUCCGCUGCCAUUCUGUCGGGCGCUUUCGGUGGCAUCUUGGCCGGGUCAAUCACCAGUGGCCUUCAUAAUGCGCACGGCAUCGCGGGGUGGCGUUGGCUGUUUAUAGUCGAGGGUGCUGCCACCGUUGGUGCUGCCAUAGUUGCAUCUUUUAUCCUUCCUGAUUUCCCCGAGAACACGUCGAAGCUUAAGUUCAAUGACAGGGAGAAGGCAUUGGCAAUCCGAAGACUCAAGAGCGAUGAACAGUCUAGGCGAACGGAGGAAGAACCACGACUUGGCCACUGGGCAGCCUUCAAGCUUAGUAUGGUCAACUGGAGGACGUGGCUCUUCGUGGUUGGUUACAUGGUAAGUCGGACAAUCGACAUCACCCACAGUGUCGUCGCUAUUGUCGGAUCCUCAACCCUGUCCUAUUUUUACCCUACUCUCGUCAAAGGCCUGGGGUACGAGUCGACGAGUGCACAGUAUAUGACGAUUCCCAUCUUUGGUGUAGCGUUCGUGUGCACCGCUAUUACCGGAUACUUCGCCGAUCAGCACAGCAAGUGGCGCGGUCUGAUACUCGGUGCUUGGAUGACCGUGGCUAUGCUGUGCUCCAUCAUUAUCUGCGUCGUCUACAACUUCAAGGCCCGGUAUGCCCUUCUUGUUAUCAUGGCCUCUGGCCUCUGGGCUUCCAACGGUUUGGCCCUUUCUUAUGCUUCCGUCAGCUUCGGAAACAUGCCUACUGAGACAAGGGCCAUUUCCCUCGCAUUCGUCAACGCGAUGGGAAACCUUGCCCAAAUCUAUGGCGCUUAUCUUUUCCCCUCCACAGAUGCCCCCAAAUACCUCAUGGGCUUUGGUGUUAUUAGUGGUCUGUGUUUCACAGGUGUGGCUUCUUACAUUGCCCUCCACGUUUUCUUGAGGAAGGAACGGGAGUAA